AUGCCACAAGAGAAGAAGCUAGAGCCAGCCAAGACUCUGAUGGACAAGCACAAUGGAUUCCAGUCCGAGGAGGAGCACGAUGACAGAAUACCACAAGAGUGUUUGGACAAACUUGCCGAGUCCAGUGAUCUUAAAACCUUACUCCAUAACAAGCAUCUUCAGCGGUUGCUCUUAGAGGUGGACCGUGUGAAGGACAAGGCUGCGAUGGUAGAGAGGUUUAUGCAGGAACCACUGUUUGUGGAGUUUGCUGAUGCAUGCUUAGCUGCCGUGGCUCCAGAAGAGAAACAUACGUGA